AUGUUGUAUUCGCGCGCCAACAACCGCAAGUAUUCUAUCGGGGAGUUCACCACCCCCAGUCUAGAGGAGCUCAGACGCGAAGCUACGCUGAGGCUGCAGGAUGCAGGUGCAGUGGACAAAGCGAAGUUGAAGGGUACCACGGGCGUGAGGAAUGUAAUUGGGGAUGUCGCCGAGUUCCACCGCAGGAAGGAGAACAGGUACGCGGUGUUCCAGGUUGCUUCCCAGCUGAAUUGCUUGGAGUUCGUUCACUCAGACGUGACACCCGAGGAGGGCAUCACAGGCUACGUCCAGGACAGGACGCAGGGUCCGUGUUGCGCGAUAGCCUGUGGGGCGGGCACGCUUUAUCGGAACUAUUUUGCCCCCAUUACCAGCGCGAAGGGGAACGUGAUCAGAACCGGCCAGGUGGCCGCCCGCCAGAUCGAGUGCCUGCGAGACCUGGCCGCGGCGCUCGGGAACAAGAGGCACGGCUACCUGCGCGUGAAGAACGGCUACACGCUCGCGACUGACGACGGUCGGCGGCGCACGAACCACGAGGGCGACGGCGAGGACGACGGCUCUGUCGCCUCCGAAGGGCUCUGGGGCACCUCUGGAGGUUCUCGCCGCCACGGCUGGACGCGGCUUAAGGCAGCUGUCAGGAUGGAGCCCGGGCGAGAGGUCCCGUUUGGAGCGGGGUGCCCUGUUCCAUUCAGCGGCGAGCCAGGGGGGAGGUGA